CUUUUUAAUCCUAUUUACUAAAACCUAACCUACCUUUUUUACUCUCUGCUUCAGUGAAACGCUCAGACACUCAGAUUCUCACCUCCUUCGUAUUCCCACCACGAAAGUUUCAUUUUCAAAAAAAGUUUCAUUUUCCAAAAACUCGGUGGUGUUUUGCAGCGACGUGUUUGCAGCGGCGUGGUGCUUUUUUUGUUUCCUCCUUGUAGCGGUGGCGGUGCGGUGAGUGUGCGGCGGUGCGGAGCGGUGGUUUUUCGUUGGUUUCGUUUGCGGGUGUGUUGGGCGGUGCGGCGGUGUUUGCUGCUUUGCAGCCGAUGUGUACGGCGGUGCGGAGGGUGGUGGUCCGGCGGUGCGGCGCGGUGGUUCUCGUUCGUUUCGAAAGAACGUUCAUCCACUGGUGAUUUUUUCGUUGGGGCUUGGAAGGAAAAGAAGUUGGACAAUGGGUGGUGCUGGCGGUGUUUUGAAGUAAUGUAACUUAUGUAGAGAAGAUCUCGGAAGAAGACAGAUCUCUAAGAUUUGAGCUCUAGAGGUUGUAGAGGAACUUAGAACUAAGAGAGCAGACAAGCAGAGGAAAUGCUUAAUUGGUUAAGCAAGCGUUGUUUAUGCACCCUUGUGCCACGCCCAUGGCUUUUUGUGGGGUUGGGCAAUCCUGGUAACAAGUACGCAGGAACUCGCCACAAUGUGGGCUUUGAGAUGAUUGAUGCAUUUGCUGAGUCGCAGGGGAUUCCUAUGAACACUGCCCAUUCCAAAGCCAUUUUCGGAAAAGGUUUUGUUGGUGAAGUUCCUGUCUUCCUUGCAAAGCCUCAGACUUACAUGAAUCUGAGUGGUGAAUCAACAGGACCACUGGCUGCUUAUUAUAAGCUACCUCUUAGUCAAGUGCUUGUGUUCCAUGAUGACAUGACCUUGCCGUGUGGGGUGCUUCGUCUUUUUGACAAAGGGGGUCAUGGAAGCCACAAAGGGCUGAAGAGUGUGAUCUAUCACUUCAGAGGAAAUAGAGAAUUUCCUAGGCUGAGAAUAGGGAUUGGAAGUCCUCCUGGGCAAAUGGAUCCUAAAGCAUUUUUGCUACAAAAGUUUAAUUUGACAGCUAGACAACGAAUUGACGAGGCUUUGCAAGAGGGAGUUGAUGCCUUGAAGCUCCUUUUAUCUAAAGGUUUUGCAGAGAGUGCAAAAAGAUUCAACAAGGAACAAAAGUAUAAGCACUUGAGAGUGCAAAACUUACCAGUUUGAUAGGAUUCCCUUUUUCUCUUUAGGUUGCAAUACAUGUGUACAACUCAGUGAUUGAAAAUUGCCUGAAUUUUGUAACAUUCCAUAUAUAUAUAUAUAUAUA